ACAUUACUUACAUCUUACCUGUCUCACAUCUUUCAACCUGGAACCCUUAUCGCACAUUCUCCUCACGCCUAGGGUUUAGGAUAGCCACCGUCGCCCGUGGUCAGUUGGCUCCUUAAGGGCAGCCGGUGCUGUGUAUCAACACGCUCACAGAUUCCGAACCUACCUCUACUGAGUGUUAGCGAGUUACGUGCAAUACUAUAGCCAAAAUGACGGACAGUGAAUAUUCGCCUAAAUUUGCGCCGUUCUUCUCCUUUGCAGGAGUAGCAGCCGCAAUGAUCUUCGGGUCAAUCGGCGCGGCAUAUGGAACCGCAAAAUCAGGCAUUGGUAUUGCGGGUGUGGGACAAUAUAGACCAGAUCUGAUCAUGAGGUCGUUGAUCCCCGUCGUCAUGUCCGGUAUUAUUGCGGUCUACGGUCUGGUCGUCGCAGUGCUUAUAGCAAACGCAAUGAACCCUCCCCCGGGCCAGAACACGAGUCUAUACACAAGCUUUAUGCAUCUUGCGUCGGGCCUUUCAGUCGGCCUGGCCGGAAUAGCGGCAGGGUAUACCAUUGGGGUUGUGGGAGAUGCUGGUGUCCGCUCGUACAUGCAACAAUCACGUGUCUACGUUGGAAUGAUUUUGAUCUUGAUUUUCGGAGAGGUGUUGGGACUUUACGGUUUGAUUGUCGGCUUGAUUCUCAACUCGCGCAGCGGUGGCUAGACGGGCAGCGUAAACUCAUUUAACUUCUCGGAGGAAAGCUUAAGACAGCGAGCAUGCUGGUAUAGCGAAUUAAAGUCAUGGUUAAAAUCCAGACGUCUCGUUGAUGUCUUGAUAGCUCAUUUUUUUAGGCGUUAGGAGAUGCGAGGCUUUUUAUUCACUGACAGGACCACCGCGCAUGAGCAAUCUGUUUCCUGAAGGCCACUUCAUGCAUCUCAAUUGCAGUUGUACUGCACCAUCUUAGAUAUAUAUAUGUGCUACCAUUUUAUUACCCUUGAAUAUGACUUAUUGCUUG